CGCCAAUCAUGACUUUAGUUAUUAGUAGUUAAAUAUUCAAUCAUGCAAAAUUACACGAGUACUCCUCAAUAGUUUCUUGUUGAAAAUUUUAGCAAUCGGUAAUAUAAUUACAGUGCAAUCUCCGUAAUUCAAGCUAAUUGUUGCAAGAAGAUGUUCGAAUUAUGGAAUGUUUUCGGAAAAAUCAAAAAAUAUUUUUAAUAUACAGCUGCUGGAUUUUCUGUCUUAUUUAAACAAUUUAAUUUUGCCCACAGAUGACUGAUGCCAUGUCCGAAUCUAAAAAGAAAUGUAGACAGUACAGUGUUGAUUAUUUGAAAUUUGGCUUCAUUCCAUAAUUGCCGGACAAACAAUGGCCUAUGUGCCUUUUAUGCAACAAAGUUUUGGACAAUGACGCUAUGAAACCAUCUAAACUGCAAGAUCAUCUGAGAAGAUGCCACCCUGAUAAAACAGAGAAAGAUUUGAAAUACUUUCAAACACCCAAAGAUAAAUUUCAGAAGAGGCCUACACUGGACAGAAUGUUCGCUUCGACGUCACAAAGAAAUGAUGAUGGUUUGCGGGCGGCUUACAAUAUCUCGUUACUUAUAGCAAAAUCCGGAAAACCGCAUACUAUCGGAGAGAAGUUAAUUUUGCCAGCCGUUAAAGAGGUUUUGAAAACUGUUUUACACAAACCUGCAUAUGAUAUCAUUAAAAGAAUUCCCUUAAACAACAAUACUGUUGAAAGACGUAUUGAUGAAAAGCUUCUUAUGUAA